AGCACCCCUGCUCAAGCACCAGCCAUGUAGUGGGGGAGAUCCACCAAAGUUACUUAGACAAGUUCACUUCUAUGAUUCGGACAGUUGGUUCGUUGUGACCAUCUCGUACCAUCCUCUUACAAACCAACUGUAGCCAUGGCGGAUAAAGAGAAGAAGAAGAAGACGAAAAAGAAGGAGGAGGCAGCGCCUGCUCCUGCACCAGAACCAGAACCAGCACCUGCACCAGCAGAAGAAAAGCCACCAACUCCUACCGGUACCCCUAAAGAAUCUGGUUCGACUAGAGCAAGCAGUCGGGGUAGCCGCAAAGCUAAACGCACUGGAUCCAGCGUGUUUUCUAUGUUUACUCAGAAACAAGUUGCCGAAUUUAAAGAGGCAUUCCAACUUAUGGAUCAUGAUAAGGAUGGUGUAAUUGGAAAGAACGACCUUCGUGCCACUUUUGACAAUGUCGGUCGUUUGGUUACCGAUAAAGAACUUGACGAGAUGCUAGGUGAAGCUCCUGGUCCUAUCAACUUUACCCAGUUACUCAACUUGUUCGCAACUCGCAUGUCGGGAUCAGGUUCCGACGACGAUGAAACCGUAAUUGCUGCGUUCAGUACCUUCGACGUAAACGGAAAGAUUGAUGGUGAAAGAUUGAGGCACGCUUUGAUGACAUAUGGUGACAAAUUCACCGCGAAGGAGGUCAAUGAUGCUUAUGAUAAUAUGUACAUUGAUGACAAGGGAUUUAUCGAUACGCAAAGCCUUAUCGCAAUGUUAACUGGUGCGGGAGAGGAAGAGGAGGAGUAACUUUAAGUGAUCUUCAACAUUAAAAAUGUCUGUUAAAAAAAACUCUGUUCAUUGAAAACAAAGUCUCGUAUUAGCGUUAGGUCUGCUUCAUCCAUUUCCAAGUGACGAAAUUUGAUUGAAAAGCGAACACGAAUUACUUACUUUUCAUUGUUUCUUGACGAUAUAGCUUUUCAAAGGAAAUCCUUUUAAGGAUGCAAGUUGCAAAGAUCGUGAGAAAUAGCAUUAGGUUCUUGGAAGUGGAAACAGCCCUUCUGCCGAAAAACGAGGCUUUGACUCUCCAUAUUAUUGUUCAUAUAAUAAAAUUACUUUAAAACUUUA